AAAACGCAAAGGACGGAUGUCGCGUUCUUGCACUUCGCUCUAAAUUUUAGUCAAAUUCCAUUAAUUUAUCUUCGAUUUUAACCCAAUUUUACACGGAAAACGUCAAAUCGGUGUGUGCAGCGAUGAAGAAGUGGUGACCUCGGUGGUCAGAAGGCCCUGAAGCGAGGAAACGAGCAAGUUCUCUCCGCCAUAAGUCGUGCGGUCCAUGCACCGGUCUUCGAUUGUUCUGCUUCUUUUAUCAUGCGAAUUCUUGAGAUCGACGCCUAAUUUGAAUCCAAGAAUUCGUGCUUAGGAACGUGACCAGCGGAUUCCCUCCAAAACGUCAACAUGCCACUUUUACGUAAAAAGCAAUUUGAGCCGAUCAAAGCUCCAAAAGAUUUGAGACCCGACGAAGAAGUUUUCUUUUGCAGCCUUACUGGUGAAAUCUUCAGGGAUUAUGAGGAAUUCUAUGAGAGAAUUAUUCUGUGCAAUUCUCUCGUCUGGUCAUGCUCCCUCACCGGCAAGCCCAACUUGACCUAUUCUGAAGCUUUGCAAUCAGAGGAGUCUGCUUUGCAGUCAAUAAAAGGCUUUUCAAAGGAGCUGCACAUCCCUGUGCUUCUUCUGGCCAAAAUGACCCACCGCACUAGCUUCUUGGACAUGACAGAAGAUGUGUUUACCUUUGUGAAGGACAGAUACUUUGUUGGUGAGACCAUAGAGGCCGUUUCAGGAAAUGAUACCAUUCCUUGCACUGUACUCAAGGUCAUUCCCCCUGAUAGAAACUCUCCCAGCAAAUCCCCCGAGAAGAGUGCCUCUAAGUUUGGAAAUAUUCCUGAUGCUUCUUUGUACCGCUAUGAAAUAACUGCCUCAAAAGUUUGGCCAAGAAGAGUUGUUGCUGCAUCUGACUUGAAAAGACGCAAAAGCAUAUUCACUAGGGACAAGAACAAGUUGUUUUUGAAACAGAACACUGAAAGUGGUUCGCGUAGCAUAAGAGUAAAGGAAUCUGCUGUUAAAAAGUACAACCUUGAUUCCGCAAAUCUAUCUGACUAUUUUGCUGGACCAACUCCUGAAUUCCCAAAACCAAAGAGACUCUCUAAGCUCAUAGCUGACGAAGACCUAACACCUGAAGAAAGGGAAAAGAGAGUUAGAGCUGAAAAGCGUAAGGAGAAGAGAAUGAUGGCAAAGGAAGGCCAAUUGGCCGAGAAAAAGAGGAAAAUGUCCGAGGGACGAUCACCUUUGAAGAAUGGCAACUCGCCAACAAAAUCACCCAAGCCAGUUGGUAGACCUAAGGGAUCGGUCAAAAAAGAAGGUGUUAAGAAACUCACUGCUGAACAGAUUAAGCAAAAGAUGAUUGAAGAUGCAAAACGGGAGAAAGAGCAUGAGAAAUUAGUCAAGAAAGAAGAGAGGAGCAAGGCAAGGGAAAAAGCUCGUGAAGAGAAACGGUUGCUCGACGAGUUUUACAAAGAGUGGAAUAAGCCUAAAGAUGAUCUCAUGUGUGAAGACCUCAAAGAAUUGCCAGAUCCAUGUGCGGUGCAGUGCAGCAUUCCUAACCAUUUGUUUGGCGAAUUCAUGGCCAUUCUUGAAUUCCUUCAUUGCUUCAAAGAAGAGCUUGAAGUGAAAAACUUCUUCCCCCAGGGAAUGAGCUUUGAUGUACUUCAAAGGGCACUUGUGGAGCACGAAAUUGCUGGUCCACUCAGUGACCUGCUGCAAUUGAUGCUUGCGUCGAUCUUUACCAUGCAAGAAGAGGAAGAAGACGAAGUUCAAACUGCUGAGGCUGACGCCAUUGUGGACACAGGGGAAUGUGUAACCUCUGAGGAAGCUGCAAAAUCCGCAGCAGCAGCUGCAAACUGGAGUCAAACAUUCCAGGGUUGCCCCAUCUACAAGUUAAACCUUGACCACGUAACCCUCACAGAAAUCCUCAGACUGCAUUUAUUAGGUUCAGGUAGCAAGGCCAUCGAAAGCAAUCCUACUUGGAGAGGCCAGAACAUUUGUGAUGACCCUGGCCUUUCAUUCCGUGUUGACGAACCUCAGAUUUUGAAAUCACUUACUGCUAAGACUGUCAUGGAUUUAACUAUUGGGGAGAAACUCAAAGUUUUGACUUGCUUGAUGCAUCAAAUUCUGCAGUUUGGAAGCAUCCGUGAAACAAUCAACGAACGUAACGAAAAGCUUAAACAAGCCAAGAACGACCUCAGAAGUGUUCAGCUUGUUGAAAAGAAGCGAGAAAUGGAGGAACUUAUGAAAAACCGUGUGGAGAAGCAAAAGAAGAAGGAGGGAGAAAUUACUCCAGAAGAGCAAGAAAAAAUAGAUGACGAGAAGACUAAACGUGAAAAAGAAAACUCAAGAAAGCAUGCAGAGUUCCUUGCCAAAGAGCAGAAAAUGCUGGAUAUUGUGCAAAGUCUGGAAUGGGGAGUGGCUGCUGUGUACCUGGGCAAUGACAGAGCUCAUCGCAGAUAUUGGCUCUUCCAAGCCUUAAGUGGUGUCUAUGUUGAAAAUGAUGUCGAAAACAUUGGGCCAUGCCUAGAAAAACCAACACCUGAUCCAAUCAUUCCCCUUUGCGAAGAUUCACUGAAAUAUGUGAGACACUUGUAUGAGUUGAAGCACGAUCAGAAAGAAGAAAUCAGCUGUGGGUCCAGCGAUAAAGAAAAUGAACGCUCUCCUCAUCCUGCAGGGAAAAACAAGAAGCACAAGGGAAAACCAGAAGAUGAAGAGGAUGAAAUUGUUGAGCCCAGCAAAACCCUAAAAUGCACUGCUGAGCAGGACUCUUGUCCAGUGCACUCGACAGUUUUGCCACGCACGAAGUGGAGUUUUUUCAACCGUCCUAACGAGCUUGAUGCUCUCAUCAAGAAUCUCAACCUUAGAGGUAUCAGGGAGAAUGAGUUGCGUCAGUCUCUUCUGUUAAACAGAAACCGAAUUGAGCAAAGCAUGGCUAAAUGUCCUGCAAACGUUUUGGGCAGACCCGACGAUGUUGUGCUGGCUGAAAUAGAUCCACCUCGCAAAUCAUCACGUAAUACUGGUGGUUCAUCAAACAAACACAAAGAGGAUGCCAACUUGAAUUUCCCGAAAGGAACACCCAUGGCAGAAAUCAUGGAAUCAACGCUAAGGGACGUGAUUAUUGACAUGGAAGAAAAGAUACACCUUGGUGGACUUGGUACACUGAAGGUCACAGAAAGAGAGAAGUGGAGGGAUAGCAUCAUCAAUGGUGGAUAUGACCAGCUUUGCUCCAAACUGACAUGGGGUGGCAAGAAGAAUGCAUGCAGGGGUUCUCCCCCAUCUGAGCGUACUGUGAGUAAACUUAAGAUGGAAGAGCGCAGCCGACCUGGCACUCCUGACAGCAUUGAAUCAGGUUCAGUUUACCAAGAAUCGGUGGCCAUGGAAACUGAACCCAGUUGUGAUGACAUGAAGAAAGUUCGAUCUCUGGCCAGUGCAAUUCUUCAAAUCGAACAAGCUGUAGAAGCAAAGUACCUGCAAAAGCCUUUGGGUGAAGAUGAAAAGGAGAAGCAGAAGCGGCUGAAAAAGUUGCAGAAAAAGGCAGCUGAAGAUGAAGCUGAAGAGGAAGAUGAACCAAAUGAAGAAGACCCCAAAGCUGACUUACCAAACCAGAUCGAGAGAUGGGAGGUGUCUUUGAUGGCUUGCACCAGCUUUUCUCAGCUCUUCUUGCAUUUCUCUACACUUGAGAACAGCAUUCUGUGGUCAAAGUCGGCUCUGAACGCACGCUGCAGAAUUUGUCGUCGCAAGGGCGAUGGAGAGAAUAUGCUCUUGUGUGACAGUUGCGACAAGGGACACCAUCUCUAUUGCCUGAAGCCUCCUCUCUCUUGCGUACCAAGUGGAGAGUGGUUCUGCCCCUCAUGUAGACCUAAAAGUUUAUCACCAAGGAAAGUGAGGAAGUUUCUUGAAUCUGAAGACGAAGAUGAAGAUUUGGAAGAAGAAGAGGAAAGCGAAAGUGACGAGGAAGAGGAAGAAUCUCAAUGUGUCGCUUGUGGUGAACAAGGCGACUUGGUUAAAUGUGAAGAGUGCCGCCAUGAAUUCCACCCGGCCUGUGCUUUACCGCCUCUUCGCUGUGUUCCACGAAGUGCUUGGAAGUGUCAGGAAUGUCGAGAUAAGCCUGCCAAGAAAUCUAAAGCUAAGAAGAAACGCCAUGGUGCAGUUGUGCUUGCACAAAAACCUCACAAUUCUCGCAGAUCGGCCAGAGACGCCAACACCAAAAUUUCCAAAGCAGCAAAAAGACUGCGGUCCAACUCAUGGGACGAUUCAGAUACUUCUCGCAAUGGCAGCGUUGCUGGCGAUGAAGUUCCCUCGAGAGAUCAGCGAGUUCGUAGGCGUCCUAGGUGGAUGGCAUCCGACUCGCCGGAAGACGAGUGCAGCUUAAACGCCCAGUUGCUGAGGGUGGUUCUUGAUGAAUUGAUGGGACACACGGAAGCUUGGCCUUUCCUUCGUCCAGUGUCCAAACAGGAAGCACCAGAUUACCACACCAUCAUUAAAAGGCCGAUGGACUUGGGAACAAUGAAGUACAAAUUGAACAUGAUGGAAUAUCGAAAUAACAGCGAAUUCCUUGCUGAUGCCCACUUGGUAUUUGACAACUGCGAGCUGUACAACCAAGCAGACGCUGAUGAGUUCAAGUCUGGUGCUGUCCUGAGAAAGUUCUUUGAAAGGAAGUGCAAUGAAUUUGCAUUGAAGUUGGUGGAAAGUGAUCUGGAACCUCCAAAUGCAAAGAAGGCUCGCAGAGCGAUUUAAAUUCAGAGCAAAAUGAGGUCGUAAAAUGACACGUCUGCAGAGUAUAUUAUUCAUAAUCGUGAUGUUGGUGUACAACACCCACAUUGAUCGUAUUUUUGUAUUACUAGGUUAAAUUGUAUUACUUAAUUUAUUUAAUGCUGCACAAUUGAUCACUACCUGCACUCUCGUCUUAAUACAGUAAUGCGCUCAAAAUCUUUUCACUUCAAAAACGUUUUAUUGUGUAACUACUACUUAAAAAAGAUUUUGGAGCAGAAAUUUAUACCAUUGUAAAUCAUCAUUAGAAGUUAAGGUUGUGGAUAUUACUUAGGUGCUCAAUAGGUAGAUACACUUUGUGUCAUUCCUGGACCCUGUCUGUCUCGUAAAUUUAAUUUUUUUGAUGUCUUAUCUUAGUUUAUUGUGGAAAUAAUUUGGCUACAUGUGAACAGGGUGUAAAAAGCACACAAUAAAGAAAAAUUUUAUAACUGCAAA